AUGAAGGCAGAGAGUAGGAAUAGGAGUGGUGAAAGGUUUCGCGAUGCCCUCUGUCUCCGGUACGGGUGGACACCAGCACGCCUGCCAUCAGGAUGCGUCUGUGGCCAUGGUAACUUUGACGUCACCCAUGCCUUGUCCUGCAGUACUGGGGGAUUCCCCAGUAUUCGACACAAUGAAAUUCGAGACCUCACGGCUGAUGUUCUGCGUCAGGUCACGCAUGGUGUGUGCACAGAACCGAUGCUGCAGCCAGUCACCGGAGAGAAAUUCCGGCUUCUGUCCACAACGACCGCUGAUCAGGCUCGUCUUGAUGUUGCCGCCAACGGAAUCUGGGGUGGCCGAUUUGAGCGCACCUUUCUUGAUAUAAGGGUUUUCAACCCCUACGCUGCCUCAAAUCGCGCUGCCUCAGUUUCCUCAGUGUAUGCACGUCAUGAAAAGAAGAAACGCCGGAGAUAUGAGCAGCGUCUGCUUGAGGUUGACCGCGCCACGUUCGUGCCAGUAGUGCUGUCAGCCACUGGUGGCACUAGCAAGUGUGCAUCGGCCCUGUUCAAGCGUCUUGCCAGCAUGCUAUCUGACAAGCUAAAGGAGCCGUACUCCGUGACGAUGGCAUGGCUUCGCUGCAAGCUAAGCUUUGCAUUAGUCCGAGCUAGCGUGAUGUGCCUUCGUGGGGCAAGAUCAUCAUCCGCACACCGUGUCACCAGGGACCCCGCGUCUGUAGUGGUAGCCGAGGCACGUGUUUCCUUGCAGGACUGUUGA